GCGAUAUUGCGCAAGCGUACACUGUGUGUAAAUCUCUUCCGGGUUGGAUGAUCUUCAUGGUCCACGUUUUCCACAUGGUCUGCACUCUUUUAGCAGUAUUUUCAGCAUUUUGCAGGACAAUGGCUAAGAAUCAAGAGAGGACUUUUAUAAUGGUGAAGCCCGACGGAGUCCAGCGUGGGCUUAUCGGAGACAUCGUCCACCGAUUUGAGAAGCGUGGAUAUAAGCUUGUCGCUGGAAAGAUGAUGAAGGCCAAAGAGGAUCUCCUCAACGAACAUUAUGGUGACCUGAAGGAGAAGCCAUUCUUCCCUGGUCUCAUCAAACACAUCGCAAGUGGACCAGUCUUUGCUAUGGUUUGGGAAGGAAAGGAUGUCGUGAAACAGGGCCGUGCAAUGCUUGGUGAAACUGAUCCUCUGAAGUCAAAGCCUGGAUCGAUCCGUGGUGACUAUUCCAUUGACAUGGGCCGCAACAUUAUCCAUGGAUCCGACAGCGUAGAGACCGCUAACAAAGAGAUUGCGCUCUGGUUUAAGGAUGAUGAGGUCAUAAACUAUAAACUCUGCACAGAAGGCAGUGUGUAUGAAUAACAACAUUGUACAUUUUCAAAAUCAACCAUGAGUGCAAAAUAUCGUGACCAGAUGUUCUGUCUUGCCUCACUUAGUAUGCUCCAUGGGUACAACAGGAUACAUGGUUUAGUAGAGUGUAAUGAUAAUAAUUUCUACAUUUGGCAAGGUUUAGUGAAAAUCUCCAACAAAAAGAUAACAUUUUAUUGAAUGCUACAUUGCAUUAUGUCUUUGUAGCAGUCAAUGGACUGUGUAUCAGUACAUUUCACCCAAAAGGUACCUAUGGUAUGGUACACAUUUCUUUUCCAAUCAUUCUCCUCUUUUGCACUCAUAGCUGGAUUUUUCAAGUAAUUUGAAUGACCAAUAUGUUAGGUGUUAAACAAUUUGUGUAUGUGUCCCACACUGUUGUUUUCAAUCACAGCAAACUGAAGAGAGUAUUUACAGAUGGUGUCUAUUCAAUGCAGUCUUUUGUCAAAUCCGUUCACCUUACAGACAGUGCACAUAAAAUAAGUAACAAAACAUGUUUCUACUAAUCGCUUUAUCCUGAAGGAUAAAAAUCUAUCAUGUUAUAAUCAAAUUCAACUUUAUGACUUCAGAAUUUGUUCUCUGGUUUUCUGUAUUAAAUGGAGUAGCAUUUAUGUCAAAAUAUAACACAUUAUUGAAGAUGAUCAUGUGCUUAAUUGAUGUUGCCAAUACUUGUAUUUAUUUUCCACUUGUAAAAUGUUUCAUUGUUUAAAGCACAAUUUGAUGUAAUCUCUGUGCCUAAUUUCACACUUGUGUUGGUCAUGAACCAAAAUUCAUUCCAAAUGGAUUUGAGGUGGUAUUUUUGUAGCUAAACUACACUGUAGUUUAUUCCAGACUGAUACCGGCUUGAAGCAGUAUUCAUGUAAGAUUAUUUUUAGUAGCCAAGGUAAUCUUCCAGAAUAUGACUAUUGACAAUCACAGCCAGUCAAUGAAUAUGUACCAUACAUUAGUCUGCCAUUUUGUUCAAUGUUUUAUGGGGAAGAAAAUAUAUGAGGAAGAACACUGUAA